AUGAGGCGCCGCUCCCGCCUGAGGCCUAGUCUCCUCGCCUCACGCACGCACUUCCGGCGCCGCUCUAGCCCUCGCGUCUCUCUCUCUCUCUCUCCUAGGACGCCGGAAGUGUCCUCGCCGGAAGUCCCUCCCCCUUGCAGGCAGGCAGUCAGUCAGGCAGGCCCCGGGAUGGCGGAGCUCGGCGGAGGCGCGGCGCCCCCCCAGGACGAGCAGCCCCCGCUCAUCCGCGUCACCGUCAAGACCCCCAAGGACAAGGAGGAGCUCCUCGCCCCGGAGACCCUCUCCGUCAGGGAGUUCAAGGAGGAGAUUUCUCGGCGCUUCAAGGCACGGCAGGAGCAGCUGGUGUUGAUCUUUGCCGGGAAGAUCCUGAAAGACGGCGGAUCCCUCCAGCAGCACGGCGUCAAGGACGGCCUCACCGUGCACCUCGUCAUCAAGACCCCACAGAAGUGUCAGGACUCUGCCUUGUCCUCCAUUGGCCACUCCCCCUCUGUGGCCCCUCCUCCCGCCACUGACUCCGCCCCCACAGCCCCGCCUCCCGCCCGCCCCUCCCCUCCGGGGCCCCCCCAGCACCCCGCAGAGGCCCCCGGGGGCCAAGGGGGGAGGGGCAGCGGAGGAGGAGGAGGAGAAGCAGGCCCCGCCCCUGGAGACCACGCCCCCGGAGAAGAAGCCCCGGGAAGCUCCGCCCCCUCCCUCUUGGCGGGCUUUGGGGGCCUGUCGGGGCUGGGCCGGCUGGGCCUGGGCUCGGCCAACUUCCUGGAGCUGCAGCAGACGAUGCAGCGUCAGCUGAUGUCGAGCCCGGAGCUGCUCUCGCAGAUCGUGGAGAACCCGCUGGUGCAGAGCCUGAUGGCGCAGCCGGAGGCCAUGCGCGCCCUCAUCCUGGCCAACCCCCAGAUGCAGGCCCUCAUGCAGCGCAACCCCGAGAUCAGCCACAUGCUCCACAACCCCGAGCUCAUGCGCCAGACCAUGGAGCUGGCCCGGAACCCGGCCAUGAUGCAGGAGAUGAUGCGCCACCAGGACCGGGCGCUGAGCAACCUGGAGAGCGUGCCCGGCGGGUACAGCGCCCUGCGACGCAUGUACACCGACACCCAGGAGCCCCUCUUCAGCCCCCCCAGGGAGCAGUUUGGGGCCCCCUCCUUCCCCGGGCCGGCCCCCAACGCGGAGGCCCCGAGCGCCCACCCGCCCCGGACGGAGAACCGGGACCCGCUGCCCGACCCCUGGACGACCCCCGCGCCCCCCUCGUCCUCCUCGCGGGGCCACGGCCAGGCCCCCCCCGGCCACGUCUCCCCCACCGUCUCCAACCCCCUGGGGCUCAACACCGCCAGCCUGGGCUCCGGGGUGUUCAGCAGUGGGGAGAUGCAGGGCCUUCUGGGCCAGAUCUCGGGGCGGCCGCAGCUGAUGCAGAGCCUGGUCUCGGCCCCCUACCUGCGCCCCAUGCUCCAGGCCCUGGCCCACGACCCCCAGCUGGCCGCACAGAUGAUGGUGAACGCGCCCCUCCUUGCCGGCAACCCCGCCCUCCAGGAGCAGCUCCGCCUCCAGCUCCCGGCCUUCCUGCAGCAGAUGCAGAGCCCGGAGUCCCUCUCGGUGCUGACCAACCCGCGCGCCUUGCAGGCUUUGCUCCAGAUCCAGCAGGGAAUCCACACCCUCCAGGCAGAGGCCCCCGGCCUGGUGCCCAGCCUGGGCUCCUUUGGGGGGGGCCCUCCCCCUCUUGCUUCCUCUUCCUCGGGAGGCGGGGCUGCCCCGGAAGCCCCGCCCCCUCCUGACAUGGCCCCGCCCCCUCCGCAGCUCAUGCAGCACAUGCUCCAGAUGCUGGCCAACCCCAACGCACAGGCGCCGUCUCCUUCUCCUUCUUCUUCUCCUUCGGCCGAGUCCCGCCUGGUUCUGCAGCUGGAGCAACUGCGAGGCAUGGGCUUCAUUGACGGGGAGGCCAACCUGCAGGCCCUGCUGGCUUCCGGGGGAGACCUCAACGCCGCCAUCGAGGCCCUGCUCCUCCUCCCCACUCGCACCUCCGCAUGAACACGCCUGGCACACGUGUGGGCCAAGCAGCACCCGUCACGCUCCGCCCCUCCCUCCCUCCCUCCCUCCCUCUUGGAUCCUUUUCCCGGGAAAUAAAAGGCGAUGCAGCGCAACUCUC